CCUUCUCUGACUUCUCACUUGUCCCAAACAUAUAAAAACCAAUCAAAAUCAGAAGAAACGUUUCAAUUCUUCCUUUUUAUUCUUAUUCUCUUCUCAGCAUCAAUACCAAACUCUUUUUUCGAACAUUAAUAUAAAAAUCCUGUCUCUCUUCUGUCUCUCUUUGUAAAAAUGUCCAAGAAGAGAGAAGAAAGAGAGACGGGUAUGUUGUUGGAUGGAAUAAUAGACGCCAUGCCUGUCUUUGCAAAGGAGCUCGUUGCUGGUGGCGUUGCUGGUGGCUUAGCCAAAUCCGCUGUUGCCCCUCUUGAGCGUGUCAAGAUUUUGUUUCAGACCAGAAGAGAAGAAUUUCAGAGCAUGGGGCUGUUUGGAUCCUUUAAAAAGAUUACAACAACAGAAGGGAUUAUGGGUUUCUACAGAGGAAAUGGUGCUAGUGUUGCUCGCAUUGUUCCUUAUGCAGCACUUCAUUAUAUGGCUUAUGAGCAAUACCGGCGAUGGAUUAUUCUCAGUUUUCCUGGCAUUGGGAGAGGCCCUAUACUUGAUCUUGUAGCAGGAUCAUUUGCUGGAGGAACUGCUGUGCUUUUCACUUAUCCACUGGAUUUAGUCCGGACGAAAUUGGCUUAUCAGAUUGUUGGUUCACCAAAAAGGAACUUUCAAGGGGUAGUUAGUGCAGAACAAGCUUAUAAAGGAAUAGUUGAUUGUUUCCGGAAAACUUACAAGGAAGCUGGGCUUAGAGGUCUCUAUCGAGGUGCAGCUCCAUCACUUUAUGGAAUCUUCCCAUAUGCUGGUUUGAAGUUUUACUUCUAUGAGGAGAUGAAACGCCAUGUCCCUGACAAUCACAAGAAAGACAUAAUGGUGAAACUUGCAUGUGGAUCAAUCGCUGGUCUGUUGGGUCAGACCUUCACAUACCCUCUAGAUGUUGUUAGGAGGCAAAUGCAGGUUGAGAGGCUCUUGCCUUCUACUAGUGCAGAGUCAAGGGGAACAAUGGAGACCCUUGUUAUGAUUGCUCAAAAACAAGGAUGGAAGCAAUUAUUUUCAGGGCUCAGUAUCAAUUAUUUGAAGGUCGUACCAUCUGUGGCAAUAGGGUUUACAGUUUAUGACAUUAUGAAAUCAUACCUGAGAGUUCCAUCACGAGAUGAAGAUGUAAUAGAAGUGGUAACAAAUAAGAGAAAUAGUCAACCAUCCCUUCACUCUUCUUAAUGAUUCAUCUAUUUUUUAAAUUUGAGCAACAUUCUUCCUCUUCAUCAUCAGUAGACUUACAUUACUUUCGGAAUUGUUAUUUUAGAUUGACUUGUACUAUUCAAGGCAUUUGUGCAUUCUAUUCUUUCGAGCUGAAUAAAUCCUGUGUAGGUUACAUUACUACUUCAAACAAUCCUUGUAUUAGUGCCCAAUUUUUUGGGUUGUUUGGCCGGCAAACUUUAUUGACUAGAUUUCUUACAAGUUCUCCCUGUACAGUUAUGUAUCAUAAGGAUGAGAUACACAUUGAUGUACAUACAGUUGUAUGAUCUAUAAAAAGCAUUUUGAUGUUGCUACAA